GUCAACUGCCUUAUAAAAACGUGUAUGAUUUGAUCAUUAUGAUCGCAGGUGUUGUGAAAUCAGGGCCGUCAAGAUGGAGGCGAACUCGAUAUUUCUGUUAAUUUGUAGCUUUUUUCCAAUUUCGCUAUUUAUUUUAGUUAUCGGACUACUUAUUUAUGCAGAGAAGAAAAUGGGCUUCUUCUAUCAGCGGAUACACAAGGCAGACCCAACGUCAGAGCGCCACGGUGGAGAGCUUGUUGCAGAGGCUCUGAAGGCCCAUGGGGUGGAGUUCAUGUUCACUCUAUGUGGUGGUCAUAUAUCACCGGUCAAUGUCGCUGCCGAUAGACUUGGUAUACGCAUCGUUGAUACUAGACAUGAGGCAUCUGCCGUCUUCGCCGCUGACGCCGUUGCGCGUCUCUCCGGUAAGAUCGGCGUCGCUAUUGUGACUGCCGGUCCAGGAUUGACCAAUACCAUCACAGCUGUAAAGAAUGCGCAGAUGGCCGAGUCACCAGUAUUACUUAUGGGAGGAGCAGCAGCAACGAUGCUCAAGGGCCGUGGUGCUCUUCAAGACAUCGAUCAGAUGUCUCUUUUCAAGCCGCUUUGUAAAUUCUGUGCCAGCAUCGGAUGUGUGAGGGACAUCAUUCCAACGAUACGUAAAGCCAUCGCUAUUGCUCAGUCUGACACUCCAGGCCCAGUGUUUGUGGAGUUACCCAUUGAUAGCUUGUACAAGUACGAUCUGGUGAAAAAGGAACUAGGAGCCACAGGAAGUAAAGGAGGUUUUCUAGCCCGCAUUGUCAACUUUUAUUUGAACACCUACGUCAAUAAUAUCUUUGCCGGUGCCUGGGAGAAGAGAGAGCUUAAACCUCUGCCAGUCAACCAACCAAUGGCUUCGGACGACCAAGUCCAAAGAGCUGUGGAGUUGUUGAGUUCAGCCAAGAAGCCAGUCAUUGUCCUGGGGAGUCAGAGCACCCUGCCACCCACCCCGGUGGACGAAGUCAGGAAGGCACUGGAGGCGAUGGGAAUUCCCUGUUUCUUGGGUGGCAUGGCCAGAGGCAUGCUGGGAAGGAAAAGCCCAUAUCACAUCCGCCAGCGUAGACGGGAUGCACUGAAGGAAGCUGAUGUCGUCAUCCUGGCAGGCACAGUAUGUGACUUCAGACUGUCGUAUGGACGCCAUUUGAGUAGGCGCUCUAAGGUCAUCGCUGUCAAUCGAAAUAAAUCUCAACUGUACAAGAAUAGUGAUAUGUUAUGGACCCCGACGCUAGCUAUCCAGGGGGAUCCUGGGAGCUUCGUGGCCUCUCUGCAGAAGGCUCUUGGAGCUUAUAAAUGUGACCCAGAAUGGCCUCGGAUGCUGAAAGAACGAGACGAAGAAACAGAAAAGUCAAAUAUCAAAAAGGCUGAUGCACCCGUCAAUCAGUACUUGAAUCCACUGAAAAUUCUUCAUAUUAUGGAGGAGAAUCUGGAUGAUAACAGUAUACUGGUCGCUGAUGGUGGAGACUUUGUGGGUAGCGCUGCCUACAUCCUCAGACCCCGCGGACCUCUGAACUGGCUGGACCCCGGUGCUUUCGGUACUCUCGGUGUCGGUGGUGGCUUCGCCCUCGGGGCCAAGCUUUGCCGUCCGGAGUCGGAGGUCUGGAUCAUCUAUGGGGACGGUACCCUGGGUUACACUGUAGCAGAGUUUGAUACAUUCCAGAGACACGGGGUACCGGUUAUCGCAGUCGUUGGUAACGACGCAUCCUGGAUGCAGAUUGAACGAGGACAGAUUCCGAUAUUUGGUUCCUCGAUCGGCUGCCAACUUGCGUUCCGUGACUAUGAGAAGGUCGCCGAGGGUUAUGGAGGCAAAGGGUUCAAGCUGAGCAAUGAGAGCCCAGAGGGGAUAGAGAAGACCUUCCUUGAAGCUAAGAAGCUUUGUAAGGAAGGCACACCUGUCCUCAUUAACUGCCUGGUGGGCAAGACAGACUUCAGGGAGGGAUCCAUCUCUGUUUAGAGUAAGCACUUUAAUAUCGCAACAGUACAAUAUUUCGAUGUGCCGCCAAUCUUUAACUAAUAGUGACCUGUAUAUAUUUGGUUUGUGGUAACACCUUGUGUGUAUCUACUUGCCAGGUAGAAUUUGUUCUUUGAGAACUGUCUUUCUUAGUGACCUGCUCCACAAAUCAAAGUACAUUUAUCCACUAGUUGGAGGGCGCAACAUCAACUGGCUCAGAGGGACUUGGCUAGUCUACUAAUUCGGUUUAUCACGAUCCAGAUGUUUGUUUGAUACAGAUAUCUUUCCUCCAGUAGUUAGUAUUGCAAUAUGGGCGAUUUAAUAGAUGUUAAGAUUGCAUCGGGGAUAAAGAAUAUUCAUUUUGGUUUUUACCCAUUGUUAGCACUGUAUACACACAUGCAUACAUAAUAGGGCAUUUGUAUAGCACCACUACGUCAAGAACGCAGCGCAUUAGAUAGGAAACACUUCUUAAAUGUUCGGAGCGAGUCAGAUUUCCUGAUUGAGGUGGAGAGUGCAUUCCAAGUGUGUGGCGCAAAUAGAGAGAAUGUGCGACCUGAAGCAGACUUAAGAAGCUUGAUUGAGUUAGGUUCCAUGAGGCGAGUAGUUUCAGAUGCUGAGCGCAGGCUUAGUACUUUUGUGAAGAAGAAAAAAAUCACAGGAAAAACAAAUCACAGGCAUUGUUACUCGGGUGGGAUUCGAACCCACAACCUUUGCAAUAUUGGCAGUGUUACUUAAAUGAAUGUAGCCAUUCAUUCAAGUCUAAUUAAUAUUGGGACGUAUAAAGUUUUUAAUAUUUCCUUGGUGUUUGAUGAGUUAGACAUGGGGCUGUAAAAAACCAAGUACGCACAUAACACAAAUGUUUAAAACGUUGGACAACCUACUAUACAGUGUGGGUUUGGUUCCUGAUUGUCUGGUUAAAAGGUCAAGCCUAUGUAAACAUCCAUGUAGCUGCAGCAGUCUUUGUUAUUUACCUUUGACAUCUAAUCUGUUAUAAGUGGGCAGGCAUGUAGUUACACAGAGGCCAGUGAUCCGUUGCCCUGGUCUUGGCCUUUGUGCCCCUCAGAUUCGGUGCAUGCUCAGAACUAUGUAAACAAUAGACCUUAUCGCAAACAUAUCGGUAAGCGCGUUGUAGGCGUUGAAUUAGGUGCUUGCUGGUCUAGCUAGCUAGCGCUCAUGUUUAAUCUCUAGCUGCACCAGCAUGCACUUUAUUUAACAUUUAGCGCUUGCGCAAUGGGUAUUUGCAAAAAGGUCUAUGGAAGUUAGCCUGAAUAUCUGACGUCACAGCUCAAGGCUCAAAAUUAGCGCCAGAGACCUGCCUCCAAACCAGCUUGCACUUUCACCUUUGACCUACAUUCAAUUCACAUAGAGAUAUGCAGUCAAAGUUUAUGGCGGACGUAAUAGGAGUGCAGCCUACUGUUUGGGCAUUAUGGAAAGCUCAUGUCACUGUGCACUUUAUCCAAAAUCAUUGUAUCCAAUUGAAUCACUUGAUCUAAAUAGCAGGUACCUGUCUUUAUCCUUGUAUAUCAAGACGGGGGCCCAGACUAUAUGGAAGUUUAUCUGGUAAGUUUGCUGCCACCUAGUGUUCAAAAGUCUCUAAUUGGAAACAGGCGGAUGUAGUGAGAGCUAUUGAUGUUGCGUAGAAAAAUGUCAAGUGCAUGUCUCAUUUCAGCAUUAAGUUUCAAAUUAAUUUGAUACUCUAAAUUUUGGUUUUAAGUAUAAAUUAAGUUGCAUUUCUUUUGUAAGAUGUAUUAGAAGAAGUACUUUCACAUUAUAUUAUACUUUUAUCGCACAAUGUAUGGAUCAACAAUUUGAGGAAAUUUGUUUGUGUUUUAUGUAAAAAAUUUGAAAUGAUAAGGAAGCACGUGUAUUUAAUAACAAAGUUAUUAAAGGGAGGUAUUUGUUUAGAUGUUGUCAUGGUAAUUCUGAUUUAUAUGCACAAAUAGAAAUAAAGAUACAAUAAAAUUUACCUGUGAAAGUUGCAGCUGAA